AUGGCCAAGGCGGGCGAUCAAUACGAGGUACGCACCGGCAAUAUCUGGAGCCACUGCCGCCGCGACGAUGUAAGGGCCGUGACCCGCCUUCUCAAUGAAGGUGUGGACCUCGAGCUCCGCAAUAAGGUCGGGUGGACGCCUUUGCACGCGGCGGCCAACGGCGGCGCCGAGCGAGUGGUCGCGCACCUGAUCACCUGCCGCGCCGACAUCGAGUCGCGCUGCCGGGCGGGCCGCACCCCGCUCGCCGAGGCUGCACGGAGCGGCCAUCUCCCCGUCGUCAUGCGGCUCGUGAGAGCGGGCGCGCCGGCGGACGAGGACGCGGUCGCCUGCGCAAAGGGCAGCGCCUGCCGCAGCUGGCUCGCCAGCCGGCGGAGCGGUAGGCAUAUCUCCGAGGAACCGCAGCACGGCGCGAGGCACGGGCGGGAGAGGCGGUCCGAGCACCAGCCCGUGGGCAAGGGUGGCAAGGCAAGAGGCAGCGGCAGCUCGAGGCGGCACCAGGAGCAGCGCCUUCACACGCUUCGGACUUGCCCCCAGGCAAAGGCCAAGCAGCUCAAGGAGCAGAGGGCAAAGGCGCGAGCCGCAGCCGCCGCCACGGCCGCAGCCGCCUCGGCCGACGCGGCUGAUGAAUCGGACGGCGGCGGCGAGACGGUGGCGGUGCCCGACGUGCUGCUCACCGCGGCGCGGGAGCCGCUGCGCUCUCCGGCGUCGCUCUCCUGCGCGCCGCCGCUCUGCUUGCGAGCAAGUGCGCCGCUCGCCCGCUGCGCUGAGGCGCUCAGCGCCGCGGUCUCUCUGCCAGACGGAGAAGGCCACGACGGCGGCGACGGCGGCGACGGCGGCGGCAAGGGCUGCUGCGUGACGGCGACGCAUCCAGGCGCGACGCGGCACGUCCUUUGCGUUCUGCUCGACAGCCGCCACCCGCUGCUCCACCUGCCGGCCGAGUUGCGCGGCGCGCUGAGGCGGCGCGGCGAGGCGGUGGUUCUGGUCCUCUCCAAGGCGGACCUGGUGGAGGAGGCGGCGUUGCGGGCGUGGGAGGGCCACCUUCGCCGCAUCUGCCCGCACGCGGCGGCCGUCCUCCGCUUCAGCGCCGUCGGCAGGGCAAUGGACGAGCGCGCUAGCGUGCGGCGAGACGCGGAGCGGCUGGCGGAGGUGUGCGGCGCGAGGAUGCCUGCGGAGCAGUCGGAGCUCGUGCGAGGCGUGAGGAGGGCAAAGCACCAGAGGGCAAAGCACCGCGAGGGAGGGGCCUCGCCGCUGGCGGUCGCGGCGGCGCCAGCGACGCGCGAAAUCAUGAGCAACGACAGCGACAGCAGCGACGGAAGCGGUGGCAGCGGCGGCGGCGUGGACGGUGGCGCUGGUGACAGCGACAUGGGUGGUGACAGCGACGCCGAGGUUGCCGAGGGGCCCGCGGAGCAUGAAGAGAGAGCCGUGAUGCGUGUUGGCGGCGGCCGCCGCACCGUGAUCAGCCUGCUCGGCCGCUGCAACGUGGGCAAGUCGUCGCUGUUCAACGCGCUCUGCGGCGGCCGCAGGCUCGCGAGUGCGGUGCACCUCUCUCCGGGCUUGCUGGUCCGCGACACGCCUGCCCUCGACGCGAGCGAUGCCGCCGCGUGGGGCUGCGGCGGUGACGGCGGCGGGGGAGAGGGCGGAGAGGGUGAGGCUGGCGGCAUGGCUGCGGCGCGCGUGCGCGAGCUCUGCGGCCUGACCCCUCCCGGCGCCGUCCACUCUCCCUACGCGGCGGUGCGCGCCGCCGCAGAGUACCUUCCUCUGGCGGCUCUGUACGGCCUGCAGCCCAACGAGCUGAGGGCGGCGCAGGAGGAGGAGGGCGGCGACCCGGCGGCGGCCUCUGCUGCGCGCUCGCCGCCAAGAAGGGCUUCCUCCAGAGCCGCAGUGGCGCACCGGACGCGCACCGCGCCGGGCUGCUGGUCGUCAGGGACUGCGCCGAGGGUCCGAACAGGCCCUCAUGCCGCGCGGGCGCUCCUCGCGGCGGUGACAGCUCUGCGUGCUUCGCUGCGCGCGCGCGGUGGCGAGCUCCUCGUCCGGUUUGGAAGGCCAGAGGCGGAGCUUCCUCUGCUCGCCGCUCGCUGCUGCGCUGGCGAGGCGCCCGACGAGUGGGCAUCCCUCGCCCACCCGCGGCAAAAGUACCCCGCGAAGAAGCGCCGCGGCUCGUCGGGCGCCUCUGGGAAGGCUGCGGACGGCGGCGGCGGCGUUGACUGGGCGCGUCGCCUCGAGGGGAUGCCUCGCGUGAUGGGCGAUUGGCGGCGCGCUGGGUUGGGUCUGGAGCUUGGCGAACUGCCCUCGCUCGCUCAGCUUGUGGCGCCCGCUCUCGAAGUUAGUCCCAACGGCCGGCUCCUCUUCGGUUUGCCGGAUGGGGCCGCCUCGAGUGUCGUGGCGGCCGCUCUUCGCGCGGGAGGGCCCGCCAGCAAGGACGGUAAUGGUGGCGGCAGGGGGGGGGAGGGCGGCGCCGAGGUCGGCAGCGAGGGCGGAGGCGGCAUCAGAGGCAGCGGUGUGGAAUGCUCCACCGCCACUCUCGCCACUGAGCAUGCUGCGCUCUCCCGGCUGCGCCGCUUCGUGGGGAGCGGGAUGGCGGCGUCGGCCGACCGGCACAUCGCGGGGACGGGAGAGGCCGACUCGUCGCUGCUGGGCGUGCCGCUCGCGCUGGGCUGUCUCUCGCCGCGGCAGGUGCACGAGGCGGCCGCGGCCACGGAGGGGUGCGGCUGGCUUGGCUCGCACAUGGAGAUGCGGGACUACUUCAUCUACGCGGGCAUGGCUGCCGGGGCAGCCCUUUUCAGCAGCCGCGGCUGGAGGCCGGUCCAUGGGCGCAAGGGCUUUCCCAAGGGAGGCGAGGCGCUGGUCGAGUGGCUGCAGCCGGCGCAGCACGAAAACGCCUGGCACAGCCGACGGGUGAUGAGCUGCCCCAAAGCCUUGCGACUGGUGGAGGUCAGCGCAAAUUGGGGUAACUGGAGCUAUUUCGCCGGCGCUGGCGGCGACCCAAAGCAGCGACACUUCCGCACCGUCUCACAGGCCGCAAAGUACGACGCCGGCGGGUUGUACGUGCGCCGAUGGCUGCCGGAGCUCGCCGACGAGGCUGUUUGCGUGGAGGCUGUGCUGCGGCCGUAUGCGCACGCGGUUGAGGGCUGGCCUUCCCCUCUCGUUGACCCAGACACGCAACUGACUUGGCAGGAUGCGCAGCGCCUCUCAGAGACGGGGCGGGUUUUACCAGCGGGCCCAGACCCGCAUAGACAGCCCGGGGGCGAUGGCGUGGGAUGA